GAUGGGAGGGCUCUGGAGCAGGAGCAGUGCUGAUCUCGGGAAGGCAGGGAUGGAUGGGAGGGCUCUGGAGCAGGAGCAGUGCUGACGUGCUGCCGGAGCUGCAGUGACUCCGCAAUGGCUGAGCCUGCCGGCACUGAGCUCAUCCCGCAGCCUGCCGGGGAAACCUGUCCUUAGCUCCUCCGACUGCUCGGAUCCGCGCUCGGCUACGUGCUGCCCUGACCUGCUGAGCCCCAUCCCCGUGCCUGGACAGGGACAGUGCCUCUGCUGUGCUGGGACCAUGAGGGACAGACCGAGGCACUGAGGGUCCCCAGCCAGGAGCAUUGCUGCCCACGUGAACAGGAUUGCUUCAAAAAGGCCCCAGAAGAUGUAGAGCGGCGAGCGGCGCGCUCGGGGCCGGGCCUCCCUCACCAUGGCCAAGAGGGGCUCCAGCAGCCGCGCCAGGGGGGACAAGCCCGACGCCCUGGCCGCCCUGCAGGCUGCCAACGAGGAGCUCAGGGCCAAGCUCACCGACAUCCAGAUCGAGCUCCAGCAGGAGAAGAGUAAGGUCAGCAAGUUGGAAAGGGAGAAGAAUCAGGAAGUGAAGCAGAUCAAGGAGCACGAGCAGCAUAAAAGCACAGUGGUGGUCACAGAGCUCAAAGUCAAACUUCAUGAAGACAAAAUGAAAGAGCUCCAAGCUGUCCGAGAAACUCUUCUGAGGCAGCACGAAGCUGAGCUGCUCAGAGUAAUAAAAAUCAAGGACAAUGAAAUCCAGAGGCUGCAGACCCUGCUGAACGCCGUGCGGGACGGCGCCCCGGACAAGGUGAAGACGGUGCUGCUCUCCGAGGCCAAGGAGGAGGCCAAGAAGGGCUUCGAGGUGGAGAAAAUCAAAAUGCAGCAGGAGAUUUCCGAGCUGAAGGGGGCUAAGAAGCAGGUGGAGGAGGCUCUGACGAUGGUGAUCCAAGCUGACAAAAUCAAGGCCGCGGAGAUCAGGAGCGUGUAUCACCUGCACCAGGAGGAGAUCACCCGCAUCAAGAGGGAGUGCGAGAGGGAGAUCCGCAGGCUGAUGGAGGAGAUUAAGUUUAAGGACAGAGCAGUCUUCGUGCUGGAGAGAGAGUUAGGGGUGCGAGCCGGGCAUGCUCAGAGACUGCAGCUCCAAAAGGAGGCUUUAGAUGAACAACUGUCCCAGCUCAAAGAGUCUGACCGGCAUCUGAGCAGCCCCAAGCGGGAACUUCCUUAUGCAAGUGGUGCAGGAGACGCUUCAGAUCAUUCGGGAAGCCCCGAACAGCAGUUGGAUGAAAAGGAUGCCCGGCGCUUCCAGCUGAAAAUCGCGGAGCUGAGCGGGAUCAUCCGCAAGCUGGAGGACAGGAACGCGCUGCUGUCGGAGGAGAGGAACGAGCUGUUGAAACGUCUCAGAGAAGCAGAAAGUCAGUAUAAGCCCAUUUUGGACAAAAACAAACGCCUCAGUAGGAAGAAUGAGGAGUUGUCACAUGCCUUACGUCGAAUGGAGAAUAAACUGAAAUUCGUGACGCAGGAGAACAUUGCCAUGAGGCAAAGAACUGGAGCGAUAAGGAGACCAAGCUCCCUAAAUGACCUUGACCACAGCCAGGAAGAAAGGGAAGUGGAUUUCCUGAGGCUACAAGUAAUUGAGCAGCAAAACAUCAUUGAUGAGCUCUCCAAGACCCUGGAGACUGCUGGCUAUGUGAAGAGCGUCAUGGAGCGGGAUAAGCUGCUAAGGUUCCGGAAGCAAAGGAAAAAAAUGACAAGAAUCCCUAAGAAGCCAGUGGUGGAGACGUUCUAUGGCUACGACGAGGAGGCUUCCCUGGAGUCUGAUGGUUCCUCCAUCUCCUACCAAACCGACCGGACUGACCAGACCCCCUGCACGCCCGAGGACGACCUGGAAGAGGGCAUGGCCAAGGAGGAGACGGAGCUGCGGUUCCGGCAGCUGACCAUGGAGUACCAGGCGCUGCAGCGCGCCUACGCCCUGCUGCAGGAGCAGGUCGGGGGCACCCUGGAUGCAGAGAGAGAAGUCAAGACCCGUGAGCAGCUCCAGGCAGAAAUCCACCGGUCCCAGGCUCAGAUAGAGGACCUGGAGAAGGCUCUGGCUGAGCAGGGACAGGACAUGAAGUGGAUUGAGGAGAAGCAGGCGCUGUACAGAAGGAAUCAGGAGCUGGUAGAAAAGAUCAGGCAGAUGGAGGCCGAGGAGGCGCGCCUCAAACACGACGUGCAGGACGCCAAGGACCAGAACGAGCUGCUGGAGUUCAGGAUCCUGGAGCUGGAGGAGAGAGAGAGACGGUCCCCGGCCAUCACCUUCCACCACGGCCCCUUCACGGAGGGGAAGAGCCCUCUGCAGGUGUACUGCGAGGCUGAAGGUGUAACAGACAUUGUAGUGGCAGAGCUGAUGAAAAAGCUGGACAUUUUAGGGGAUAACGCCGUAAGUAACCUGACCAACGAGGAGCAGGUGGUCAUCAUCCAGGCGAGGACUGUGCUGACGCUGGCUGAGAAGUGGCUCCAGCAGAUCGAGGUGACCGAGUCUGCGCUGCAGCAGAAGAUGCUGGACCUGGAGAACGAGAAGGAGCUGUUCAGCAAGCAGAAGGGCUACCUGGACGACGAGCUGGACUUCAGGAAGCAGUCCCUGGACCAGGCUCACAAGCAAAUUCUGGAAUUAGAAGCCAUGCUCUAUGAUGCCCUGCAGCAAGAAGCUGGAGCCAAAAUUUCCGACCUUCUUUCAGAAGAGGAGAAGGAGAAGCUGAAGAGCGCGGUGGAGCAGUGGAAGCGGCAGGUGAUGAGCGAGCUCCGGGAGAGGGACGCCCAAAUCCUGCGGGAGAGGAUGGAGCUCAUCCAGCACGCCCAGCAGAGAAUUAAAGAGCUAGAAGAAAGAAUUGAAGGCCAAAAAAGACAAAUAAAAGAGUUAGAGGAAAAGCUUUCAUUCUUUGGUCAUAGUCCUUCAGGCCACGUGCACAAGCCCCUGAGGCCGCUGCAGCUGCUCCUGCUGUUCCUCCCGGAGGGGCAGCCCUGCUUCCCGAGACCCUCACAGGGACUUUGCCCCUUGCACCCCCGGAUCUGCCUCGUUCUGUGCCGCUGGCCACGGGAGCUGCGGCCGGCGCGACUCCCGCGGGGCUGAGCUGGGCUGCGUGGGAGCCCCUGCACCCCUGGAACCCCGAGGAGCCUUUGGAGAGACAGAACUGAGCCCACGGGGAAAGCCAGAAGCUCUGCUGCUGCCUGUGCUGCAGCCCCGGGCGGCUCUGCCGGGGGUGCAGAGGGCUCUGGCAGCAGCACCGCCGCCGAUUCAGAUACGCUGAAUUUAUUCCAGUUCCCUGCUAAGCAGGUGGCAAACUGCUUCUGUGUAGAAGUGCCCCUGUCCUGUCUGUGUGCCACACACUCGUGUUUGCUCCACGGUUCUUCGAAAGUCUGCCUUGAAAGAGGGUUUUAGGAGGAGUUCCAGAGGAGUAGCUCAUGGAAAGAUGGAUGUGAGGGAAAAUGAAGCGGUUUCUUCCAAGGUAUUUCUCCGUGGCACAGGGUAUGUCCCAUGCUUUGUUGAACAUCCCACAAGCCCAGUUUUAGGAAAAAAUGUAAAGCCACGUUCAGGAAACCAAGCUGUAAUUUUAUUUUUUUUUUAAGUAAACCAUGAUGAGAAAAAUUAUGCAAUAAUUUAUAAUUGGCUGUCCCUGAACAAUGACAAAAGGCUGAACACUGUCCCAGCAAAAAGUUCAACCGGGAAAAGAGUGAACUGAACCAGAUUAUCCCUGAUCCACAUGCACUGGGCUGGGAGAGGGAGCAGAAGAUGCUGUCACCUGGAAGGUGGUGUCACCUGGAAGGUGGUGUCACCUGGAAGGUGUCCUCACCUCGGGGAAAGGGAGCACAAGUCCCGCAGAGCCCGAGGCCAGGAGGCUGGUGCAGGAACCAGGAAGGAAAAAGAAUCCUCUAGAACAACAGGUGAAGAGGGGAAAACCCGGAAGAAAUUCCAGAGUGUGACUGGCCCCGUUGGAUCCACAGCUGAGCACAGAAAUGCAGGGCUGUGGGGCAAGGCCGGGACGAGGACCAAGGCCAGGACCAAGGCCAGGGAUGAAGGACAAGGCCAGGACCAAGGCCAGGGAUGAAGGACAAGGCCAGGACCAAGGCCAGGGAUGAAGGACAAGGCCAGGACCAAGGCCAGGGAUGAAGGACAAAGCCAGGACCAAGGCCAGGAAUGAGGACCAAGGCCAGGACCAAGGCCAGGAAUGAGGACCAAGGCCAGGACCAAGGCCAGGAAUGAAGGACAAAGCCAGGACCAAAGCCAGGAAUGAAGGACAAGGCCGGGACUGAGGAACAAGGCCAGGACCAAGGCCAGGGAUGAAGGACAAGGCCGGGACUGAGGAACAAAGCCAGGACCAAGGCCAGGAAUGAGGAACAAGGCCAGGACCAAGGCCAGGAAUGAAGAACAAAGCCAGGACCAAGGCCAGGGAUGAGGAACAAGGCCAGGACCAAGGCCAGGAGCGAGGUCCUGCCAGCAGCCAGGUCCCACGGUGCCCAUUCCCCGGGAGCACGGGCAGGAAGGGAUCAGAGCUCUGGGCAGGUGCCUGUGCUGCUGGAUUUUAUAAAGCUGUGAAGAAAACCCCUGGAUACUGAAAUUCUUCAGCCUCGUCCUGCCCUUGUACCUCGACCGUGUUUUAACCCGGCGCAGGGAGCUCAGCUGCAGAAACAGAAGGAGGGAGUUGGUCAGAGAAGCGUGGUAUCUCAACCAGAGGGAUGCAGCGUUUUAAGGCCAAGGUUGUGGAUUUUGAUAUCAGCACACGAUCCUAUCAUGGAAUUGAUUUAACGAGCUCCGGUUCUGCCAGAUCCCAAAACCAGUGCUGGCAUUCUGCGAUGAGCUGCAUUCUGGGUCCUGCAUCUCACGCCCAAAACGAGCUCAUUUUGACUUCUGCUGAAAUGCUUCUUGUCUUAAAAGACUGUAUUCACUGGAAGCCCUGCAGGUGGUGGUUGAGGUGACAAAGGGCUCGUUGGGAAGUGGCUUGAGUCCAUCUCAUGGCUCUUCAUUCAUGCAGGACGUGCUCUUGCCCGGUGUGUCCGUGUGUCCCAGACCGGUUCUGUUUUCCCAUUAACUUCCUUGAUCCUGGGGGUUUUAACUACAAAUUGUACAGGACAGGCCUGUGUGUAAAUAAGGGAUUGUGCUUAUCUAUGUGUCACUAUAAAUAUGUAUGAAGUCUUGUACAUAGGAAAGAGGCAAUGGCUCAAAGAAUGUUUUCAGAGCUGUGUCCUCCGUUUAAAUGCACAGACAGCAGGUUGCCAUCCAUGUGCUGCCGCUCUCCGGGAAGGGAUCCUGCUGGUUCUGCUCACUGCCCGCGUCCAGCUGGGCGCUGUGAGGAGAUUUUUGGCAGCCCGGGGCCGGGCUGGGCUCUGUCUGAGGAGAUUUUUGGCAGCCCUGGGCUGAGCCGUGCCGGGUCUGAGCCGUGCCGGGCUGAGCCGUGCCGGGGCUGAGCCGUGCCGGGGCUGAGCCGUGCCGGGGCUGAGCCGUGCCGGGUCUGAGCCGUGCCGGGCUGAGCCGUGCCGGGUCUGAGCCGUGCCGGGUCUGAGCCGUGCCGGGUCUGAGCUGUGCCGGGCUGAGCCGUGCCGGGCUGAGCCGUGCCGGGUCUCGGCUGCUCGCUCCUCGCUCCGGCCCCCGUGCCUCCCUCUCCAGCGCCGUCUCCCAGCCCCGGGAGCGCGGUGGGGCAGUGCCGGGCCCGGGCCGUUCCCGCAGUCCCCCCGUGCCCGGUGCGGGGCCGGGGGCUCCAGGGGGUGCCACGGCCGCCCCCCGCCCCAAACCCGCGGGCGUCAGGCGGGGACUGCUUGCCCCAGCUGCUGGAGGACGCGGCUGCUAUUUGCAGUAUUCUGCUCUAUAUCUGUAGCCUUCAGUGAUUCCUCGAGUGCCUUACAUGGCUUGUGGACAGAUUCCUGACCAGGAGGAGGAAACGCCCCUGGAGCGCCGCCGGCUCCUUCGCACCCCUGUGCCGGCAGCGCGCACGGGAAGAGAUUUAGCUUCGACUCAGGAAAUCGCCGUGUGAAUAUGUGUACUAAACCCUGUAUGAUGUGCUGUACAGUUUAUAAAAAGGGACUGUUGUAAACUUAUGCAAAACGUAACACAGAGAAGAUGGAGGUUUUUGGUCCACUGGCCGGCGUGCCGUGACCCGUGUCCUCCAAUCCCACUCCAGAAUCAUAUCCAAAAUACAGAACGCUGGGUUCAGUGCUGCGACAGCGACGACAGCCCGAAAACAGGGGCUGGAGCGAUCGGCUAGAGAAUUUUACAGAUAUUUUUGUAUUGUGAUUCCUAUGAUAUAUAUCGAGAGACUUUCUAUUCCUUUGUAAAAUACAUAAAUUAUUGUCAAUUUUAAUUAAAAAGAUCUGUUUUAAUCCUUCAAA